AUGGAAGUUAAACUACGAAACAAAUUUUUGAAAGAAGGUCUUGAAGGAAACGUGAUAGCUAUUUUGGAGGAACAGAAGGUAUAUUUUUUGUUGAAAAAAUUCACAGACGGAACAAAAAUUCUGUCUGUGAAUUUUUUUCAUAUUGUAAAAAAAUUAAAAUGGCGGCCAGGUCCAGUGCUUCCACAACCGCUUGUUCAAAAUUCCUUGUUUCCCACAAAAUUUCCUUGCCAUCUAAACGGUGGAAAAAAAACAAGAAAAUUCAGGCAAAUGUAUCAUAGACCCUAUGAGAAAUCGAGCCUCAUUACAUUGCCUGAAAAUUUGGGCAAGCUUUCAAGAGUUCCCUCCAUGAAAGUAUCUGCUCCACAUAUAUGUUUAUGUUUGUCCAGGGGCAUAAGGUGCUUGAUAAUGGUGGAGGGGUUCAGGGUUGAAUGGCAGAAGGAGCCUAAACGGCAAAUUUUAAAAUUUAUAGUCCCUAGAUUGCCGGAAAUGGCAUUUUCAGAUUCUUCUGUACCUCUUGUUAGACCUAUACUAUUUAUAAGUCUAUUUUUACUGGCUUAAGACUUGUAACUGGUAUAAGUUACAGAAAUCCUUGCAAUUUCCUUUAAUUUUUGUAUUUUUCCUUGCCAUUUCCUUGUAAAUUUUAUUUCCUUGUAAAUUCCUUGCAAGGACCAAUAUUUCCUUGCUGCAGGGAAAAAUCCUUGUGUGUGGAGGCACUGAGCACGACGUGCGGCAAAAUUUAACAGGAAAAGUUUUUAAGUUCAUAGCAAAAUUUAACAGGAAAAGUUUUUAGGUUCAUAGGCCUUAGUGUGUGGUAUUUUAGACUAUGGGCAAACAAACAUUAUGUAUUUUGGUAGUCCAAGAAAUGCUAUUUCAUCAUGAAUCAGAAUAAAUAAUUAUGUUUCCCAAUGUGGGCAAACUAGGAAAAUUAUUGUAUAGAAUGAAUAUGGGAUUUAACUUAAUUUAAGGAUUAAUAUAUAAAUAUUUAAUUUCUUUGUACAGCUGAUUGAACCUUAUGUACUACAGGAAGUUGAACCCAGUGUUUUAAUGCUUUGUGGAAUUAAAGCCGGGGAUGCCCUUAAGGUUAAGAAAGUCAGCAAAAAUUUCUUAUCAGGAGAGGAUGGUGAUGGAUAUAUGGUAAAGUAUACAAUCAUGUAAUCCAUUUAUGAGUUUAUUUGCUGCAUUUUUCAUAUACCUGUAUAUGUUUCAAUGGUUGUUUCUAUUUUCAGACUUUUGUAUUAUAUCGUAACCAAAAGCUUAAUCCCAGCCCUUAACCCUAAUUAAUCCUAACCCUAAUCCUACUUCCAAAAAUCGAAAAUAGUACCAGCCCCUAAAUCGUGACUCAUACACAGCCAGAAAUCUCACAGGCCUGUCGCAAGCUGUUGAUUUUACCGGCUUGCGGCAAGUUGUCAACAAGUCGCGACAAGUCUGUUGGUUUUGUCAGGCGGUAACAGCCUUGCGGGAACAGGUCUGUCACAAGCUGUUGACAACAAAGCCGUAGCGACUUGUUGAAACAACCUGUUACUAACAAGAGAUAACUGAUCUGAUAGAACAACUUGCAGUAAGUUUGUUGAAAUCAACAGGUCUGUUACAACCAGGCUUUUAGCCAGUGUUCUAAAAGGGGUGUCCAAUUUUGCUACAUUGAUACAUCUACAGUAAGGGGGGGGGGGUCGAGAAAACGUUCCUCUGGAAAACCUUUGAAGUUUACGUUACUUCAUGUCAGUAUCUGUUCCAAGUUCGUUCGAAAUUUUUCAAACACACUUGGCUUUGUGAGUUUGUGCCGUUAUGCUUCUUUACUUAAUUAACUACGACAUUUUCAUUCAGCCAGGUACACCUACAAAUUGUCGAAUGCAUAAUAAUAAUGAGAAUUGCAGCUAUUUCGUUUCAGAUAUAUUAAUAUAUACUUAGAGAAAUAAUUGAAAUAACUUUCUCCCCAGAAUUUGGGCGUCCAUUUUUUGUUCUGGGGCAUGGUCUAAAAGCCUGGUUCCAACUUGUUCCAACAGACCUGUCGCGAGCUGUUUUUGUCAAGUCUGCAGCAAGCUUGUUAUCAGACCUGCAACAAACCUGUCCACAACAAACAAUUUUUGUCCUGUCACAACCAAUUUCAACAUGCAAGCCUGUUGUAAUGGGAAACAAAUCGAAAAUGUGAGUAAAGAGAAAAAUCGCACAAAAUGGACACUUCCGGCUUCACUUUCUCAUUCAAUCAUUGUCAUCGGUGGCAAUAUUAAAUCACAUAGGUGAGACUAUAGUCUAUUCUCUGAUUAAAUGCAAAAGCCGCUGUUUUAUUUUUAAAAAAUAGUUCCGAUUUCCAAAAUCCAAAUUCCAAUUUACUGGCUGUUUUAUUUUUAAAAAAUAGUUCCGAUUUCCAAAAUCCAAAUUCCAAUUUACUAAUGGAUAAAGGCGUUGCACACAUCGUCACUCCUCGUUGCAAUUGGACGAAAUAUUACAAACGUCAUAUCAAUCAUGUAAUUAUGUUUAGUUGUUUUUGAAUUUUGAGCCAAACAAAAUUUCAACAACUGCCUCAAACAAAAUCAAACAAGUUCAAAGCAGUUUUGAUUUUUGAAGAAACUGUGGCAAUGAGAACACAAGAUCUAUAGAGCUUAAGAAAUGAGAAAUACAUGAACAGCCGAGUGUUCACUGCAACGUUCUUUAUUGUUCAUAUGAAUAUGAAAUUUUUUUAUUUUAAUAUGAAAUUCGUUAUAUAAUUUCAAGUGAAAUCUGUGAGCGAGAAAGACGCCUUAUUGAAGCUUUGUGUUAUUGUAUGUACUAUUUGGAAGAAAAAUAUGCAAGCCGGUUGUCAUAUUUCAGUUGUACUUAAAGACCAAUUAAUUUUGAAAAUUGUUUACGAUAAGAACCUUUCUUUAAUUUGUCGUAUUUUUUUGGCUGUUUUGCUCAAAAAUUAUCUCGCAAGUUUGUUUAUGAGUGUUUAUAUGAAUUCUUGUUAUUUUACGAAACACUACAACCGAAAUAUGGCAUUACCUGUUUGGCCGUUUUUUGUUGUUCAAUAUAUAGUGCAUGGAUAUACACGAAGCUUCAUGAAGCGCUUUCCUCGGUUUGCAACAGGUCUGUCGCAAGUUGUUGAAAACAGCAUUGCUGCAACUCUGUGUCAACAACUUGCGACAGGUCUGUUGAAAACAGCAUUGCUGCAACUCUGUGUCAACAACUUGCGACAGGCCUGUUGAAAACAGCAUUGCUGCAGCUCUGUCACAACAGCUUGUAACAGACCUGUUGAAAACAGCAUUGCAGCAGCUCUGGCAGGCCGUUGCGGUCCUGUCAAACCAGACAGGUACAAGGCGAGCGAACGCAUCCAGAUGUCGACUUGUUGACAACAGGAUUUAACGGAUCCAUUGCAGAUCUGUUCCGAUUUGCCAUAAAAUUUGGCUGUGUAUGAUUUUUCUUUUGACUUUAUGCAUUCUGAGCAAUUCCAAAACCCAGCUAUAUGGAGAAAAAAUUGUAAUCAUGAUAUAAACUGCCGGCGGUCGGCUUUUCCCGAAUUAAUUGGGAUUAAAAUAAAAAUGUUUAAUUUUCUGAACAUGCAGGAAUGCACAGCCAGAAAUGCGCAAGUCGGAACAGAUCUGCAACAGAUCUGUUAAAUCCUGUUGUCAACAAGCCGAUAUCUCGGGAUGCGUUCGCUCACCUUAUACCUGUCUGUUCUGACAGGUCCGCAACGGCCUGUCAACAGGUCUGUUAGAAGCUGUUCUGACAGAGCUGCAGCAAUGCUGUUUUCAACAGGCCUGUCGCAAGUUGUUGACACAGAGCUGCAGCAAUGCUGUUUUCAACAACUUAAUUGCGACAGACCACUUAAUUGCGACAGACCUGUUGCAAACUGAGGAAAGCACCUUAUGAAGCUUGUGUAUCCACUACUUUGAACAAAAACCGGCCAAACCGGUAAUGCCAUACUGAUUUCGGUUGUAAUGUUUCGUGAAAUAGCCAGACUUUCAUAUGAACACUUAUAAACAAACUUGCGAGAUAAUUUUUGAGCAAAACAGCCGGAAAAGAUACGACAAAUUCAAGAAAGGUUCUUAUCGUAAACAAUUUUCAAAAUUAAUUGGUCUUUAAGUACGACCGAAAUAUCACAACCUACUUGCAUAUUUUUCUUCAAACUAGUACAUACAAUCAUAUAAAGCUUCAAUAAUUGGCGUCUUCCUCGCUCGCAUAUUUCACUUGAAAUUGGAAAGAAAUUAUAUAACGAAUUUCAUAUUCAUAUGAGCAAUGAAGGACGUUGCAGUGAACACUCGGUUGCUCAUGUAUUUUUCAUUUCUUAAGCUCUAGAUCUUGUAUUCUCAUUGCCACAGUUUCUUCAAAAAUCAAAACAGCCUUGAAUUUGUUUGAUUUUGUUUGAGGCAGUUGUUGAAAUUUUGUUUGGCUCAAAAUUCAAAAACAACUAAACAUGAUUGAUACUGUAUGUUUUAUAAUAUUUCGUACAAUUGCAACGAGGAAUGAUGACGUGUGCACACGCCUUUAUCCAAUCAGAUUAAAGAAAUAUAGCGAUGGCACACGUCAAAAAAUUGGAAUUUGGAUUUUGGAAAUCGUAAUUAUUUUUAAAAAUAAAACAACGGCUUUUGCAUUGAAUCAGAGAAUAGAUACUAUAGACCAUAGUCUCUGCUAUGUGAUUUAAUAUUGCCACCAAUGACAAUGAUUGAAUGAGAAAGUGAAGCCGGAAACAGGGGCGGCGAAAAGUCGAAAACUGGGGGGGGGCUGAUAUUCAUAUAUUCAUGUUCUGCAUCAUUUAUUUCCUUUGAAAGCGAUUGUUUUUACAGUCUUUGAACACGAAUAUAUGAAUAUCAGCCCCCCCCCCCCAAUUAUCGACUUUGGAAGUGUCCAUUUUGUGCGAUUUUUGUCUUUACUCACAUUUUCGAUUUUUUCCCAACAACAGGCUUGUUGAAAAUUGUUGUGACAUUGAUUGUUUGUUGUGGACAGGUUUGUCGCAGGCAGGGGUGGAAAAAAGAUUUUACUUUCUGUAAAUAAUCAAGUAAAUCGACACUUGCAUGGACACUGUAAUUGUGUAACACUAACAAGUUGUCAAACUGGAUGUCAUGCUAUAUAUAUUUCACAGGAAAAAAUAUUUCACUGGAAAUAAUAUUUCACUAAGAAUCUUAAAAUAUAACAUAAAUCUAAUUCUAGAUGACAUGCAUCAAGGGUCUGAUCCUAAGGGUAAAUACAGAUGCCAAAAAAGCUAGGGCACUUUUAGGGGACACUAUCAGGGAGAUCAUGGAUGCUCCCCCAGAAAAUUUUGUCCCAGAUCAGCUAAAAAUGCAUUUGCCAUACAACAUUUUUUACACCAUUCUGUAGUCUAAUACAUUUAUACACUAUCGCACUAUUAAGAUGGUUACACUUAUAAUUGCAUUUUUGAGGUCAUGGUGUGAAUUUUCCUCUGUAUUUCUCUUUCUAUUAGAAUUAUUACAAUUUUUCUUUCUUGGGAAAAUAUUUUCUGGGAACUUAAAAAAUUUUCUGGGACCAAUGGUCCUGUGGUCCGAUACUUUUUCCACCCCUGAUCGCAGGUCUGAUAACAAGCUUGCUGCAGACUUGACAAAAACAACUCGCGACAGGUCUGUUGGAACAGACCUGUUGAUUUCAACAGACUUGCCGCAAGUUGUUCUAUCAGACCUGUUAAUAUCUCUUGUUAGUAACAGGUUUGUAGUAGGUUGUUUCAACAAGUCGCUACGGCUCUGUUGUCAACAGCUUGCGGAAGACCUGUCCCCGCAAGCCUGUUACCGCCUGACGAAACCAACAGACCUGUCGCGACUUGUUGACAACUUGCCGCAAGCCGGUAAAAUCAACAGCUUGCAACAGGCCUGUGAGAUUUCUGGCUGUGUAGUGUAAAGUAAUUAGGGAACUGACUUUUAGGGGUGCACCGGAACUUGGUUCUGGCCUGUUAGUUCCGGCCGGAACCCCGAUGUUUUAGAGUUCCGGUUCCGGCCGGAACUAGUAAAAAAAGCAUGGCCGGAACUGGACCUUGGUCGUUUUCAGAGAGAUGGAAUAUCAAACGUUUUUGUGUCUAACAAAAGGUCACAGUAGGAAGAAAUUUGGACUACGCAAGGGAAAUGGACACUACUAACACAGUAACACUUCAUUACGACGUUUAACGCUUGUCAAUCUUUUUAUUCUAACAUUUGCGAGCUCUCUCCUUGAUGACUUGAAGUGUCUGCAUGUCUGGCAGCGGACAAAAUAACAUAUGACUAUAUAUGGCUUAAUAAAUUAGUGCCGGAAGUUCCGGUCGGAUCCGGCUCUGGCUGGAGCUUAAAAAACUGGUUCCAGUGCACCCCCACUGACUUUCACUGUUGUUUAAGGAUAGUGACAGGGGGCGGGGGCAGAAGGCAACUGCAUCAAUUUUAAUUUAGGAUAUUACAUAGUUGAUCAUUCUAAUAGUUAUUGACUGCUAAUAUAGUUUACUGAUUUUGCAGGACCAGGUUCAAAUUGAAGAUGAGCUUGAACCUGAGAAGGAAGCCACACUAGACUCUGCAGUUUCUUCACCAGCACCUGCACCAUUUUUUAAGUUGAAUAAUGAAAAAUGCAAAAGGACAUUUUUUACCAAUUAUAAGCUUCUGGAGAAGGUAUAUAUUGCAUGAAUAACUAUAAAUUGCUAUCAGACCGACAUCGUGAGACUGCCAAGAAGUACUACUAGUUUGAUUUCAGACCAAAUUUUUUUCAUAGAGUUUUGAUGUGGUUAUGUGCUUUUAAAUUAAACAUACAAAAUUUGCCUUGUUUUGCUUGUUCCUAGGUUUUCUAGCAUUGCAAUUCCUUAGUAUUUUCCCUUUUCACCCCCCCCCCCCCCCCCCCCAAUUUGUUGUUUGAUUGAAAAAUAUUAAUGCAGUGAGGCUGACAAAGAUUUUGCUCUUACUAAUUAUCUAUGUUGAUAUUUUCAUUAGUUUUCACCAAGUGUUACUCAAGCACUGGAAAGUAAAUGUUUCACCGGACCACAACGAAGUGAAUUUAUUAGAGAUAUUUGCACAAAUAUUAUCUCCCAUGGGAUAUACUAUCUAAACAAGAACGAAAGAAGUCAAGUUGCUUUGGAAAUUGUGACUACGUUUCCGCACUUGAAAGAUCCUAUUGGUAGUGGCUUGGUAAGAUUGUUGGCAAUUAACUUUUCAGCACAAUAAAUAAAUCUGAAUAUAAAAACAAAUAGAUAGAAUUUUUAUUUACGGCGUCAGCUAUUUACAUGUUUUUAAACCAUGGUGCAGAAACAAAGUAGGAGUCAAAUCCUCCCUAAGUUACAACGGUAUUAACCAAUUAGCCUUUUCCCAAUCGAGUAGGGUACUGGAUCUAGUCCUGCAACAAAGGAUUCCGAUAACGAGUUAAACAAAUAUAUUUUGUAGUGAAGUCCAUUUUCAACCAUUUUAGAUUUGUUUUUUUCUUCAAAUUUGUAAUUUUAUCCCUCCAAACAAUCCAUAGAUGCAUUGCAGGUCACGACUAGACCCAGUACUUUGCUCGUUUGGGAAAAGGCUAAUAACAAGGCUUAAAUACUGUAUAUAUUGCGUUAAAAAUGGCAUUGAACGAAUGUCAUGUGUGUGUGUAGCCAUAUUGCUUGCAAGCAAUAUGGCUACACACACACAUGACAUUCGUUCAAUGCACUGUAAGCAAAAUACUCCCUGUGUAGUGAUAAUUUUGAGAGGUUUUUAUAUGAUAUAUUGCAUGCUAUCGCAAACGGAGGUUUUUAUAUGAUAUAUUGCUAUCGCAACCGUACCGUAUCCCUAUAGCCAUUCAGCGACGGGCUUAUAUAAUUCAGCCAAUUUAAGCCAAUCAGCGAUCAGUUUACAUCAAUUGUUUACAUCGUGCACGCAUCUAACCUGCGAACGGGCACACUUUAGCCUCGUGUGACUGUGUUAUUUUUUCAAAAAUAUCUUGAUAUUUUUAUCAAUUUAUCUUGAAUUGGCUGUCUUGUUUUCUCUACUUGUGAUAUUAUUCCGAAGUUAUUUAUCAACAUGGAAACUUAUCCUCAUCUGGUAAGUAGUCAAAUACCAUAUAUUAUAGAUGUAGUGUUGGAUGUUAAAGAUGUUAUCAGUUUACAAUACUUAUACAUUUUGGUUUUACACAUUUAACAGAGUUUAUAAUUUAAAAAAAUUUUUGCAAACAUUUUCAAAUGCUAAUAAAAGAAUCCCCACCCUCCCUCCUUUAAUAUUACAUUGUUAUUUUGCUUUCUAACAUAAAUGUUUUUGUCUAGAGAUUAAUGCAAGAAUGAUGAAUAAAUGUACUGGAUAUUGGCUAGAUAAUUUUGUCAGAGCAACCCACUUGCAAGACAAUCUUACCUAAAUUCAUAAGUAUCAAUGGUAUGGAUACUGUAAUAGCUUAACAGCUACAAUAAUCAUAUAUUAUAUGGAUGGUCAGAUCAAUGGCACACAAUAUGUACAAAACUGAACUUGUGAUACCUUCUACUCAAACCGAUAUUCUCCCACAACACAAAUUGUUUUUGUGUGGAUAUGUUGUGUUAAACCGAACAGUGUGGUAGGGCCUAUAUCAUUAACUGUGCACAGGAUUGGAAUUUAAUUAUAUACUUCAUUCAUGACCUUUUACAUUCAGUGGUCUUCGAUAUAUGAUGGACUCUUUGUUACAGUAUUAAUGCAUGUUCCUCGAAUAGUUUGUGUAUGUUACUCAACAGUUAACGUUGGCAAGUGUAAACAAUAAGUGACAGAACUUUUGCUUCAUGUGACUACAAUAAAGUUCUCAAAAUGGGUAUGGAUUGACAAGUUGUCGUUUACUAAAUAGACACUGCGAAUAUUGUUUGCAUGAAAUUUUUAUUUUUUGACUGCAUAAUUAUCCGAGUUACAAUCAUAAUCACAUAAAAUUAGUUAAAUUUUCUCAGAAGAGGGAGAAGUCGAGGUUCCCCUGCUGCCCUCUGUGCUGUCUACAGCCUAGUUAGAUUUGUACUAUGUUUGACUUUAAAACCUUAUUUGCUAUUAUAUUUAUUAUAAUAAGUGUUGAAAAUGUUAAUCAAGUUUUUUCGCAGAUACAUGUACGCGUAGCGUACCUAUUUUUGGAAUAAUUUCUCAAAAUUUUGCAACAUGCACACAGGGAGUUUUUGCCAGUGGAUUUUGCUUACACCAAUAGUCAUUGUUGUCAGCUCAUGUUUAGCUCUCAAUGAGCAGUCUUUAUAAAGUUCGACUUCUUUACAUUUUUCUAUAACGUCUUCGUUUAUACUUUAUUAAUUCAUGAAUAGAAAGAUCUGAUGUGUUCUUUUUUAACAUCAAGGGAUCUUGGACAGAAAGCAUCAAAAAUCGAUUUAAACAUGUAAGGAAGUAUGAGAGCAAGAAAAGAUCCAUGGUACAAUCUGCUGAUGAUAAUAAACCAAGUACAUGUGCGCCAAAACCUGUUCUGAAGCGCCAGAGAAAAGCAGAUAUCUGGAUGAAAUACCAAAUUCCGAAAACACCACCGAAGCCAUUCAAAAAGAGCACAUAUCUGAGCUACAUAAAGAAACACAAAAGUCUGCCAACAGUCAAGACAAAAACAAAGUCAAAACUUUAAUGGCAUCAACUUUUCAACUGAGAAGAAAAGAGAUACUUACUACAUUGACCCCUGUCAGCAAAAUUAUAGAAACAUACCCACCUCUUGCCACAAUAAGCGGGGUAAGUUAUUCAAUUUGGCCUCAAUGUUGCAUUAUGGUGCAAACAGUUUUCAGAGCCGAAACUAGAGCGUUAAUUGUGUGUGGGGGGGGGGGGGUUGUAUAUUCAUAUAGCUGUGUUCUUCCUGACGAAUUUGUUUUGAAAUCGGUUGUUUUUAAGUUCAUUUCAAAAGAAAUUAGUCGGGCAGAACACAAAUAUAUGAAUAUACCAACGCCGCACCCCCCAAUUAGCGCUCUAGUUACGCCCACUGAAAGUUUUGUAUUUUUAUUGUAACAUAUCCACAUUCUUUGUCGAGUGAUCAAGCAAAUUUUUAGGUUAAGAUUGCAUAAUUGAUUAUAUUGGUAAAAAUAUGAAUGCGCUCUGGCGAGUAUGUGGAAAAAUUAAUGGUGCACUACUACGUAUAUUUUUUUUGGGAAUAUGUUAGCAUAAUGUUAGAUAUAACAGAUUGUGUGCUGCAGAAAAUCACUAACAUAUUGAAAAAUUAAUUUCACUUUUGCUAUGCACAUGUAGAUACGUCAUGAAUUUAGCAGAAUUUUUGAGGACAAUGCUGCAACUAAAGAAAUGAAGGAUAAAUUGUUCUCUCUCCAAAGUGCGAUUGUGAAAUACUGCGAAAACGUUCAACGGAAGAACCCAUUCAUUAAAAAUGUAUUACAUGAUCUUCAACGGGCAAUUUCCCAGGAGCCAGAAAAGACUCAAGGUAUGUUUAUAUACGCUAUAUUGAUUAGCAAAUUGCUCAAGUAAAUUGUAACCGAGUCGAGAAAUUACAUUUAUAAAUUACAGAAUAAUCGGAAUGGAAUAAACUUCCCUGCAGGUGAUUUUGAUUCAUCGUGCAUGCAUGGCAUAGGUUGCAAAGCAACAAUGUUCUUAAUAUACCAUUGUAUACGGUAUACAUAUGUAUGACACUGACUUUCUGUUUUAUAGCAUAUGAAAAUACAUUUGCGUUGAUGGUUCUUCCUAAAUUACUAGAGAAAAAAACGGGAAAGCAAGAUUAUGAAUUAAUCAAAUUAUUGUCGGUUAGUAUACCGUUUUGCCUUUGGUGUAUAUGGUGUAUUGAGCUAGGGUCUGCAUGAUUACAGUCAUUACAGUGACGAGAAAACCUCACAAUCCAUGUCAUUUUUAUCGAUUCUUGGAUUACUGGUACCUGUUUACAUACUAACUGAAUGAACAAGUAGGUACGGUAUAAUAUAAGAGUCGUCAACGUCAUCCCUGCAUGUUCCAAAAACUGCGUGUUGUGUAAACUUACAGCAUUUUUAUUUGAAAAACUAACGCAUAUAAUUGUAUUCUCUUAACUAUACUAUAGGAAGAUGAUGAUUUUGAUGAGGAAGUUGGACAAACAAAAUUUCCUACCAUUAUAGGAGUAACAAGAGCGUCGUAA